ACAGCUUGAAGUAAGAUAUAGGGGAGGUAAAAGGGUAGAAGCUGUCACCCGGAAUUCGUAUUCCAGCUGCUUAAAAUCACAGAGCACCCAAAGAACCAAACCCACUACUUCCUCUCAUCUGUGCCUGACUCACUCAUUUGGGCUUUUGCUGCACAGGACAAGGAUUUUUGCUGAAAGGAUUCUACUAAAUGAAUAUAACCAUCAUGCCAAGACAAAGAGGGAAAGACUGAACAGAGAACAUCAUUCGACUCCCGGCAAAUACAAAGAAAAGCAAAGGAAAAUCCAAGUACUUCAUAAUUCAGGAGGGAAGAAAACACAGCCCAAAUGAAACCAGAAUAUGACCCUCCUGGAAACAUCAGCAACUGCAGCAGUGAUAACAAGAUCAAUCAAGUUCCCUUUCCCUUGCUGUACACUUUUAUUUUCUUCGUGGGAAUCAUUAUGAAUGGAUUGGCCAUGGGAGUGUUUUUCCAGAUUUCCAGCAAAUCUAAUUUUAUUGUCUUUCUUAAGAACACUGUCAUUUCUGAUAUCCUCAUGAUCCUGACAUUUCCAUUCAAAAUUCUCAGUGAUGCACGACUGGUAUCCUGGGAGUUGAGAGGGUUUGUUUGCAAAGUGUCCCAGGUCAUAUUUUAUUUCACCAUGUACAUCAGCAUUAUUUUCCUGGGCCUCAUAACUAUUGAUCGCUAUUUGAAAACAGCCAAACCCUUCCGAUCAUCCACCACUGGCAAUGUAUUGGCUGCCAAGGUGCUCUCCAUACUUAUUUGGGUAUUUAUGUUCUCUCUGUCACUUCCAAACAUGAUUCUGACAAACAAGGAACCAACACGGGAGAUGGUGAAAAAAUGUGCUGAUCUGAAAUCAGAUUUUGGGUUACUAUGGCAUGAAAUCGUCAACUAUGUUUGCCAGUUUAUCUUCUGGGUUAACUUUGCCAUCAUAAUCAUAUGUUAUACACUCAUAACACAAGAACUGUACAAAUCCUACAAAAGAACAAGAAGCAUGGGAAAAGCAAACAAGAAGACUGUGAAUGUCAAAGUGUUCAUCAUCAUUGGUGUGUUUUUCAUUUGCUUUGUGCCUUACCAUUUCGCCAGAAUUCCUUACACCUUGAGCCAAACAAGAGAUGUUUUCAAAUGUUCUACUCAGAACACAUUGUUUUACAUAAAAGAGAGCACUUUAUGGCUGACUUCACUGAAUGCCUGUCUAGAUCCAUUUAUAUACUUUGCCCUCUGUAAAUCCUUUAGAAAAUCCCUUCGAAAUACACUGCAUAAGUAUGUGAUUAAAACAAGGGGAGAUCAGAACAUAGAAACAAUGGAUGAUGAGGAAACACCAAUAUAGAGCAAUGAGAAAUCCAUAUAAUGUAGCCAGACAUUUUGCAUACUUUUCAAUGCAUGUAUUUGUCCUAACCGUGAACCCAGUUUUCUCCUUCUAUUCCAUUCAGGAACCUUUCAGAAUCACACAUCAUUCAUACUAGCAACAUUAUUAUUAUUUAUCGUAUGGCAGAGUUACACACAGGAAACAUAUAAUAAUAUA